AACCCGCAUCCCUUUCAUUCAACUGCUGCACAUGAGGAUUAUUAUUAUUAUUAUUAUUAAUAAUAGUGUUUAUUCUUUUGUCAACAUGGCUGCUGAGUCAGGAUGCAGCACAUCCAGCACGACCCAAAGUGCUGCGUCACCCGCAGCCUGCGAUGCGUCUCUUCUCACAUCAAGGGAGUCACAGCUGAGGAUUGUUGUCGUCGGAAGGACGGGAUCAGGAAGAAGCUCCUCGGGCAACACCAUCCUUGGUAGCUCGGCCUUCAGGGUGGACAUGUCCCCCUGUUCGGUCACCACACGGUGCACCCAACAGACCGGGACAGCUUCCGGAAGGUGCAUCUCGGUGGUUGACACUCCUGGGUUCUUCCACACCAACAUGUCCACUCAGGACGUCAUAGCGGAGCUGGGACAAAGUGUAAUCCUGUCCUCCCCGGGACCUCACGCCAUCUUGGUGACCCUGCACCCUGGCAGGUUCACCCAGGAGGAGAAAGACAGCCUGGAGUGGAUCAAGGCAACGUUCGGACCCGGAGCCUCAAGGUUUACUUUGGCAUUGUUCACCUGGGGGGAUCAGCUACGAGGCAAAUGCGUAGAAGACCGCCUGGCGGAGAACGACGAGCUGUCAACGUACGUCAGGAGCUGCCGUGGAGGCUUUCACGUCUUGGACAACAGCGACCAGGAAAACUGGUCACAGGUGGAGCAUCUCCUGACAAAGAUAGACAAGAUGGUGGCAGACAAUGGCGGCGGCUGCUACAGUAGCGACAUGUUCAAGGAGGCUGUGGAUGCCAUCAGAGAUGCCCAGGAGAGGAUUCUGGAAGGCGGCGGACAUACAUGUCUGCGUAUGGAGGACAAGGACCGGCAAGUAGAGAAGAGCAGGAAGGAGGAAGAAGAGACCAGGAGGAGGUCGGAGAGGCUCUUCUGGUGCGAGCUGGUGACCGCGCUGGGGAAAGGGGCGGCAGAAGGGGCCGGGAUCACCGCGGCCGAAAUGGGUAAAGGGAAGGCCGUGAAGAAGGUCAAGGUGGUGGAGAAGGCGGCGGCUCUCGUCACCUCACCGUUUUCUGUCCGUUCCGCCGCAAAGGUAGUGGGGGGGGCCGUGAGAGAAGGAAGUAAGGUCCUGUUCAAACACCGCAAAACGUUCUUACACUAGGAGACACUGGACUGGAAACAAGGACAGUCCAAAACUAACAACUGGGAGACACUGGACUGGAAACAAGGACAGUCAAAAACUGACAAUUGGGAGACACUGGAAUAGAAACAAGGCCAGUCAAAAACUGACAAUUGGGAGACACUGGACUGGAAACAAGGCCAGUCAAAAACUGACAAUUGGGAGACACUGGACUUGAAACAAGGACAGUCAAAAACUGA